UACUCCUGAGUCAGGCCUUUGGAUCGGCAACUCCUGUAGAAGGGGGAAAAAAAAAGAAACGAACAGCAUCCUCUAUCCUGUACCAUCAAGAUCAAGAUCAAGAUGUACCAUCAAGAUCAAGAUCAAAACUGAGUAAACAAGAACCGAGUGAAGCGAGUACUACUUUAACUGAAACUCACAUCUCUAGAGACUGGUCUUUCUUUUUCCAAGAAAAGCAGCAACAAUCGCUGUCAAGCGGGCGCCGAUACAAAACAAGGCAUAUCCAACAACUACCAGACAACGGCGGGUCACUCGUCUGCUUGCAGAACUUCCUACUUUACUGUGAAUUGCUGGCGUUGCUCAAGUGUUGCUACAGAAUGGAAUUUGCUGAGUUUGAUGAUGACCUCUUUGAGGAGAAGCCAACCCGGGACAGUGUGGCCGAGGAUUACCAAGCUCGGAUGUGUGAGGCGGGAUGGUUCAUGCAGGUGGAACCUGGCCAGCUAGUCUCCCAGGAGGAUGAAUUGGGUGUUCAGAAGUUUGCAGCAGAAUAUCUCUUCUUAGGCAAGUCAUAUAAUGCUGCAAUAGCUAAAUAUGAAGAAAUACUAAGGAUUUUACCAGAGAGUAGUACCACCAUUAAAAGAGAAUGUCAAGAGAACUUGGCUAGGUGCCAUGUAAAGGCAGGCACUGCAGACAAGGCAGUAGUGCUUGCAGAAAGGUUACACUCAACAUCUAGGACUCUUGAUCAAUUUACUGUGAGUUAUUCUCUACUUCUGGAUGUGUACCUGGCAGUAGGCAGACAUGAUGAUGCUCUUACAGCAGCCCAACACCUAGUAUCACUUCACCCUGAUAACAGUCACUUAUGGAUGAAACUUGCCUUAACUUACGCCUUUUUGAAAAAAAUUAUUCUUCCUAACGUUAAAGAGUUGAUGCGUGCUCAUCUACCUGGAUCAAAAAAGGCCAUCCAUUGUGUUAAUUCACCGUCAUCAUCAGAGCCACUUCAGUUUACAGAAAAUGUACCAGAAUGCUCAGACAAUUCUCAUAAGACUGAAUUGCCUGACAUUCAUGAAGUUGAAGAAAAGAAAAACACCAGAAAAGAUGUUUUGAUUGUAGCUGCAUGUCUUCAGAGGGCAUUUUAUAUCUUAGUCAAGACAGAAGGCACCGCUGUAGGCUUUGCUGUGACACAGACCAGAACAUUUAAAGAAAAAUUAUUGGGUGACUUAAAGUUACUGUUGGAUGAUUGCUCAUUGAAAGAAUUGAGAAAAAAUGUGCAUCAGAAUGAUAAAAUGGAAAUGAACCUCUGCCCAUCAGAGUCAGAUUCAAUUCAAGAAAAUACAAAGAGUAGAACUGAUGAUGAAGACCAGGAAGUAAGUGUUUCUCAGGAAAGCUUUGAAGAAAAGUGGUUCAAGUGGAUAUUAUAAUUAAUAUUGUUUUGCUUCAGUUUAUGAAUAUAAUCAGAACAUGCAUUGA